UGAGUGAUGAUGAUAAUGAUGACGCUGCGGAAGUGUCAUGGCGCCGGCCGUGCGUAAUGCCGUGUCAGAAGCAGCAGCAGCACGAAACAACGCGUUGUAAUGACAAGUUUGGACUAAAUAUCUAAUUAGGACGACCGAGGAAUCAUAACUUUAGGAUGGCAGAUUCAGGCUCAGGUGACCCCAGUGGUCAACGUGCGGUGCCGGCCCCCGGAGGGAGCGGUUUGCCGCUGUUGAUGGGCCGCCGUCCUCCGGCCGCCAUCUCGACUGGCCGUCUCCCCUCGAUGCGAUCCAGAGACCUCACCCUGGGGGGGGUGAAGAAGAAAACCUUCACACCCAACAUUAUCGGCCGAAAAGCCAAGGAAGAAACGAAAGCUGAAGGCGGGCAGAGGAGAGACCGGAGGGACGCAGGCCGAGGCCGCGGUCCGAGAGACAGAGGCCGGGGCCGAGGGCGCCCAGAAGUCAUCCAGUCCCACUCGAUUUUUGAGCAGGGGCCUGCAGAGAUGAUGAUGAAAAAGAAAGGUGGCUAUGAGAAUGAGAAAGAAGCUCCGAGCAUGGGACCUUCACCCAUCAUCAACAUUAAAAAGGAGAAGAGAGAGACGGAGGAAGAGACCAAAGAGAUUCUUGCCAAGCUGGAGCGAGAUACUUUCAUAGACGAUCCCUUCCUGAGAAGUGAGCGGAGCAGCUGCCCCGUCCAGCUUCCCCUCGCUGUGUCGGGAUGGGGGUUCACGGAGGAAUUCACCAAGGCUGCUGUUAAAAUGGAGAAGGUGGAGGACGACGACGUCGAACCCAUGGACCAUGCAGUUGAAGUGAAACAGGAGCCCGAGGAAAUGGAAAUAAAGAAGUCGGAGGGAUUCUUCCGGCCGCCCCCUCUCCCUGAGCCCGACGUUCUUCCCGACCUGCUGCACCGAUGGAGUCUGGGCAAAGGGGAGGAGCUGUUCUUCAUGCAGAUGCCCGACACGCUGCCGGGCCAGCCGCCCACCCAGGAGCACCGGCCGGUGAAAACAGAGGUGCAGUCGGAGGACGGGCAGUCGGUGCUUCUGAAGACCGAGUCUAAGGAGGAGGAAGCUGAAGACAACAACUGCAAUCUGAAAGACCUGCGGGAGGGUCUUGUGGGAAAGAUGCUUGUGCGGAAGUCUGGCCGGGUGCAGCUCAUACUGGGACACGUGAAGCUCGACGUGUCUUUAGGAACAUCGUGCUCUUUCCUUCAGGAGCUGGUCUCUAUUAAUUCGGAGGGAAGAACGGGCGACUUGACCGUGUUAGGGAACGUCAAACACAAGAUGGUUUGUUCCCCAGACUUUGAGGCUCUUCUGGAGAGUAGCGCUUGAUACUUGUGAUGUUGACAAGAAGUUCCCUUUUGCUACGAACUGUCACUUUGAAACCUGACAUCAAAUACAAGUUCAAUGGCUGUUGAGUGAGUGGCUAUACUAACGUAUUGAAAUACACUAUCUAUAAAUAUAUAACGUAUGAAGUUUUUAGUUUCUUCUUGUGGAAAUAGGCAUAUUAAUUCAGGGUUCAAAGGUUGAAUGGGGUGCCAAAUUUCAGUACCGUUUUCAUUUCUCUAAAUCUGAGAUUACUUGACAAGACUGUACAUGGAUGUAAAUGUGUGAAUAAAGAGAAGUUUUUGUUA